AGUCGGAAGACCAACUUCACAACUCGGAAACUGGGACCUUCCGAGGAGCACUUGAAUGCAGCAUCAGUGCGUCUUCUGUGCAAAGAUCUUCUCGCCUCGACGCUGCAGUGCUUGUUUUGUAAACUUCUAGGUCGUUUUAGUUAAGGUUGCACCAACACAUACAACAGAUGCAGUGCUUUAAGAAUAAUAUAUUCUUGAGAUGGCUGCAGUACAUGCUGACAAACUGUGCAAACAGCUCCAGUUUUCUGUGGCUAGAGGCAUUUCAUGUUUGACCUGCCCGCUGCUGUGCAGAUAGCCUGAGCUAAAGUUUGCUACCGUCCUUCAGCUUACCUCCAGCUGGCGGACAUAAAUAAUUACAAUAAAGCAAAAGGUUUAUGACACGGUAAACUAAAGUAUAGCCUAUGCCGAAUUAAUUAACUAUUUCUACUCGUGGUUUGGUUCGUCAUUAUGUUUCUGCUAUCAAGUGCAACACGUCAGUCCGGAAGAGGGGAAACUUCGCUUCGUUACAUGCUACAUAGGAUUUGCCUUAAAAUGUCUUCUUCUGCCUCGGGUAAGGCGCUGCGUGUUUUGGUAGACAUGGACGGUGUCCUAGCAGACUUCGAGGGAGGGUUCUUGAGAAAGUACCGGAGCAGAUACCCAGAAGAGCCCUUUAUCACCCUGGAUGACAGAAGGGGUUUUUGGGUGUCGACGCAGUAUGGGCGGCUGAGGAGCGACCUGUGUGAAAAAGCCACUAGUAUCUGGGAGUCUAAGGACUUCUUCAUUGAGCUGGACCCUCUACCAGGAGGAGUAGAGGCGAUCAAGGAGAUUGCCAAGAUGGAUAAUACAGAUGUCUUUAUUUGUACAAGCCCAAUCAAACAUUACAAAAACUGCCCGUAUGAGAAGUAUGCCUGGGUGGAGAAGUAUUUGGGCCAUGACUUUCUUGAGCGGGUGAUCCUGACUAGAGACAAGACAUUAAUCACUGGAGACAUCCUUAUAGACGACAAGCCUGAUAUUCUCGGUGUGGAGCCCAAACCAACAUGGGAACACAUAUUGUUCACUGCCUGUCACAACAAGCAUCUUUCCAUCAGCUCCUCUCAGAGACGAUUGCUGUCUUGGAAUGAUGACUGGAGGUCCAUCCUUACCAGCAAAAGGCAGUGAAAAGCUAUUUUGCCCAACAACAUCAGCAACACGUGAUUUCCAAGACCUGGAGAUAUUCUUGUCUUACCAGAAUUCAUCCCAAAAGAGAAGAACAUUAAAAUGUUUGGAGGGAAGUCAACAGCCAAGUACCAAUACUGUGGAGACAAGACGGGGGAAAAAACACUCUUGCUGCUAUCUGCUUGGAGAGGUCAUUUGGGUCACCACAAUGGGGCACUCUAAGCCUGAAGUUAUGUUGUUAUCCAGAUUUUAAACUAUUUAAUUGAAACAAAUAUGUGCAAAACAGGAUAAAAUUAUUUCAAACUUGUUGCAUUGAUGUUACAUUUGACCUUCUUGGCUGUGUCUGACUAAAGUAUGUCUUCUAGGAAAUUUGUAUUUGUAAUCCAUCUUCUGUUCUGUAUGCUCUACUUUACAAAAUACAUUAAAUUUGAUGACUUUUUUUCUUAACUAAUAAA